CGGCGGAGCCCGCGGCCCAGCCUUGAGCCCCCACCCCCGGGGGCUGGCAUGAGCGGCCCUUCGGCGGCGCCGGGGGGCGGGGGAGCCGCCGCCGCCUGAGCCCCGGCCUGCCGCCCGACCCCACCUCGCCGACCGAGGCUGACCGCGGAGCGUGCGACGACCCCGCCACUGCUUUCUUACUCCCCCAGAUCACACACCGCAGCCCCGGAAGAUGGGGAACUGCCUCAAAUCCCCCACUUCGGAUGACAUCUCCCUCCUUCACGAGUCUCAGUCCGACCGGGCUAGUUUUGGCGAGGGGACGGAGCCGGAUCAGGAGCCGCCGCCGCCAUAUCAGGAACAAGUUCCAGUUCCAGUCUAUCAUCCAACGCCUAGCCAGACUCGCCUAGCAACUCAGCUGACUGAAGAGGAACAAAUUAGGAUAGCUCAAAGAAUAGGCCUUAUACAGCAUCUGCCUAAAGGAGUUUAUGACCCUGGAAGAGAUGGAUCAGAAAAAAAGAUCCGAGAGUGCGUGAUCUGUAUGAUGGACUUUGUUUAUGGGGACCCAAUUCGAUUUCUGCCGUGCAUGCACAUCUAUCACCUGGACUGCAUAGACGACUGGCUGAUGAGGUCCUUCACGUGCCCCUCCUGCAUGGAGCCCGUUGAUGCAGCACUGCUUUCGUCCUACGAGACUAACUGAGCCGGGGUCUCUUCGUCUGACUUCAAGUGAACCAUCGUUUUUGGUGGUUUUGAUCUUUUGUCACUGAGCCCAAAGAGCCAGGGAUUAGGAAUUAAGAUCAUGCACAAAAGUUUCCUAGAAAUUCCUGAAUGGCUGCAGAUGUUGGGGAAAAGUACGUGAUAUUUUAGAAACUUAGGGGGAAAAGUAGGAUGGUAUUUUUAUGUAAAGCCUUGACCCAGUGUUUAAAAAUAUAAUUGUAUUUAGAUCUUGUUAUUGCUCCAGUACAUAGGAAUUGUGUAAAGUGUUACAGCAGCUGUAUAUGUUUAAAUUGUGUGUGUUGAAGAUUAGGAAAAAAGAUAGUGGUUGUUUUUCCUAAAUGAGAUAACUUUCUUCUUCCCCCCUCCCAAAUUCUUUUCUCAAGUUGCUGGCAUUUGGGUCAAGGUUUUAUUAAAAGCUACAUUUUAUAACACUGGCACAAAAAAAAGUAGUUUAAAGCUUGUUUGCACAGUUCUUUUUUUCCAUUGGAAAUGGAAUUCAUUGCCUUAGGUCUUUUUAAAUAGUGUAUUAUCGUUGGGGCUGGCUCUAUGCUUGAAAACCAGUUUAUUUAUAACCUGUUAUAAGUGCUAUAUCUGUUUGCAGUUAGGAAAUGCAGAAUUCAAAGUGAUCUCCUAGCUUGUAAGCAAACUGAGAUGCACUAUCCCUUUUCUAUUAAAAAAAUGAGUUUAUGUGUCAAGAAACCAACUCUAGGAAAGUGGGGUUUAAUAUUACCCUUUCCUAUACAUUUUAUCUAAUUAUUUUGGUUGUUAAUAUGGUGAUAAUUAAAAGUCAAGGUAAAUUUUAAGUAUUAAGAUUUCUGAUUUAUUGAGCUUGAAUUAUGCCACAUGCUUAUGUAAAAAUGAAAGUGGCACCAUGAUGAAACUGAGAAAGGUUUCUCAGUUGUAAAAAUUUUGAUUUAUUCUUCCCUGUGACCUCCUCCCCUGUUGUCUUGAACCAUAGCAAAAGGAUACUGCAUCUCUCAUUCUUACAGUACUGAGGUUAUUGAAGUUAUAUAAAACACAUCUCAGUCUCUGUUUCUUGGAAUGGAAAGUCCUGCUAGCUGACUGACAAGUCUAAGCAGGGAGAAUUAAGAUAAAUGUAUCUCAUGUUUUGCACACGUGCAGAAUUUGUAUAACCACAUGACUUCAUAGUUGUGAUCUCAAAAAUUAGGAAUUUCUCCUUUUUCUUUUUCUUGCAGUUGAUGUAAGAACACCCUGAAUCUCUAAGCUUUUGAAGUGUUGGAGGCAGAGAUGGUUUAGUAAAGAUCUGGUUGUAAUGUU